AUGGCAGAACGAGUGCUGGUAAUUGGCAGUGGGGGGCGGGAGCACGCACUGGCGUGGAAAUUGGCACAGUCCCCACAUGUCCAGCAGGUCUUGGUUGCCCCUGGAAAUGCUGGCACAGCAAACUGUGGAAAAAUCUCUAACUCUGCUGUUUCAAUAAAUAACCACUCCAUCUUGGCCCAGUACUGUAAAGACCACAACGUGGGCCUGGUGGUGGUUGGUCCAGAGGUGCCUCUGGCUGCAGGUAUAGUGGAUGACCUGACCGCAGCGGGCGUGGCUUGUUUCGGACCUACAGCCCGAGCGGCCCAGCUUGAGUCCAGUAAGAGUUUCGCCAAGAGUUUCAUGGACCGUCAUGGUAUUCCCACAGCCCGCUGGCGUUCCUUCACCGACCCUCAGGAGGCCUGUAGCUACAUCAGGGGAGCGGAUUUCCCGGCCCUUGUGGUGAAGGCCAGUGGUCUGGCUGCCGGGAAGGGAGUCAUUGUGGCUCGGGACAGGGAGGAGGCGUGUCAGGCAGCUCUGGACAUCAUGAAGGACAAAGCGUUUGGCUCUGCUGGGGAGACUGUGGUGGUUGAGGAGCUUCUGGAAGGAGAGGAGGUUUCUUGUCUGUGUUUCAGCGAUGGUUCCACGGUGGCUCCGAUGCCCCCGGCACAGGAUCAUAAGCGUUUGUUGGAUGGGGAUCAAGGACCUAACACAGGGGGGAUGGGUGCUUAUUGCCCAACCCCACAGGUUUCUGAUGAAAUGAUGAAACUGAUUAGAGAGAGUGUUCUUCAGAAGACUGUAGAUGGCAUGAAAGAUGAGGGCACCCAGUACGUAGGUGUGCUAUAUGCCGGCCUUAUGUUAACUAAACAGGGACCGAAAGUGCUGGAGUUUAACUGUCGCUUCGGCGACCCUGAGUGCCAGGUUUUGAUGCCCUUGCUCAAAAGCGAUCUGUAUGAGGUGCUAAGGGACACUCUACAGGGGAAACUAACAUCCAGCGCCCCCGUCUGGCUGGAGAACAGUACAGCAGUGACGGUGGUCAUGGCCAGUACAGGUUACCCAGGACCUUAUCAGAAAGGUGUUGAAAUCACAGGCCUUUCUCAGGUGGCAGAGCUAGGGGUACAGGUGUUCCAUGCAGGCACUGCCCUGAAAGAAGGGGGCGGGAUCAUUACCAGCGGUGGGCGUGUCCUCACUGUCACUGCAGUUCAGUCUACUCUGGAGGCGGCUCUGCACAGCGCCAACCAGGGCGUGGCCGCCGUCGGAUUCCCCGACGCUGUAUAUCGACGCGACAUUGGUCACCGCGCCAUCGCUCACCUCGCCCGUAACAGUGGGUUGACCUAUAAGGACAGCGGAGUGGACAUAGCUGCAGGGAACAAACUUGUAGAACUGAUUAAACCGCUGGCCAAGGCCACUUCCCGCACAGGGUGCAGUGUCGAACUGGGAGGUUUUGCUGGGUUAUUUGAUCUGAAAUCAGCUGGAUUUACAGACCCUAUCCUUGUAUCAGGCACCGAUGGUGUUGGCACCAAACUGAAGAUUGCUCAGGCGUGUAACAUUCACAACACUUUGGGCCAGGACCUGGUGGCCAUGUGUGUGAACGAUGUCUUGGCUCAGGGCGCAGAACCUCUUUUCUUCUUGGACUACUUCUCCUGCGGGCGUCUGGAUGUGGGCGUGGCAUCUUCCCUGAUAGCUGGUAUCGCCGAGGCCUGUAAGAUGGCCGGCUGUGCUUUACUGGGUGGUGAGACGGCAGAAAUGCCAGGUGUGUAUGGGCCAGGUGAAUAUGACCUGGCUGGGUUCUGUGUGGGAGCUGUGGAGCGAGGAGCUCUCCUCCCCAGGCUGGGAGAGAUCGGAGAGGGAGACCUGCUCAUCGGAGUCGCCUCCUCUGGAGUGCACAGUAACGGUUACAGCCUGGUGCGGAAAGUUCUGGAGCGGGCAGGACUUCAAUACAGCUCCCCUGCUCCCUUUGGGAAGCCUGGACAGACCAUGGGUGAGGUGUUGCUCACACCCACUAAAAUUUAUAGUCGAAUUCUCCAGCCGGUCCUGCGCAGUGGGGCUUUGAAGGCCUAUGCCCACAUCACGGGAGGUGGACUUUUGGAGAACAUCCCUCGCGUGCUUCCGCGACAACUUGCAGCAGACCUUGACGCCUCGCGCUGGCGUAUCCCACCCGUGUUCUCCUGGCUCCAGAAAGAGGGAGGUCUGUCUGAGGAGGAGAUGAGCCGUACGUUCAACUGCGGUCUGGGCGCGGUGCUCGUGGUGGGCCGACAAGACGCCCACAGGGUCCUCAGACAGGUGCAGUCCCAGGAAGAGGCUUGGAUUGUAGGCUCACUGACCUACAAACAGCCCGGUGCGGAGGCUGUAGUUAUCAGGAACCUGGGACGCGGCCUGAGGGAAUGUCCCUCCCCCGACACAAGCACCCUGCAGAACGGAGGUGGACAGGGCGAACACGCGUCUCGCCGGAGGGCUAAAGUGGCAGUGCUCAUCUCUGGGACAGGCACCAAUCUACAGGCGCUGAUGGAGCAAGCAAAGAAACCCUCCAGCUCGGCAGAAAUCGUGGUGGUCAUCUCCAACCGACCGGGCGUGCUUGGCCUGAAAAGGGCCUCCAUGGCUGGCAUCCAAACCCGGGUGGUGGACCAUAAGCUGUACGGGAGUCGGGCAGAAUUUGACAGCACCAUCGACCGUGUGUUGGAAGAGUUUGCGGUCGAGGUGGUUUGCCUGGCAGGCUUCAUGAGGAUCCUCACUGGCCCCUUUGUCAGAAAGUGGAACGGGAAACUGCUGAACAUCCACCCGUCUCUCCUCCCCUCCUUUAAAGGGGUGAAUGCGCAGCGUCAGGCGCUGCAGGCUGGCGCUCGAGUCUCUGGCUGUACGGUGCACUUUGUGGCGGAGGAGGUUGAUGCUGGGGCUAUCAUUGUGCAGGAGGCAGUGCCUGUGUUGAUAAAUGACACGGAGGAAAGCCUAUCAGACCGGAUCAGGGAGGCGGAGCACAAAGCCUUCCCGGCUGCUCUGGAGCUGGUGGCCAGUGCAGCGGUGAGGUUGGGAGAUGACGGCCGAAUCGUGUGGAGUUCAGUGCAAUGCUAGGGGGACAAGAGAACUCUACCCAACACCUGAAAUCAAGAACUAGCAGCAGACUUUAGGCGAGAGAAUAGUCAUAGAACAUCACUACAUUUUCAGUAAGUCUGGAGAGGUUUCUUAACGGUGUAAAAUCUACAUUCCCCCUGGUUCCAGACUCUUUACUCACAGUUUGGCUUUGUCCAUGAGCAAUACUAAUACACUUUACCCACAUUUCUUUCCGUAUUAACAUGGCCUGAAAUCAUCCGUUCAGACGCUC